AUGAUAUCCGCCAUACUGUGGGUGCGCAAAGGGAUAAGUAGCGAGCGACCAGAGAGGUAUGAAUUAGAUGAGAAAGAAUUUGAACGAAUUCAAAAGCUUUCGUUGAUGGACCUUGAGGAUGUAGAGGAAGAAGCAGCAAACGUCAAUGAAACUACCAAUGCAGAAACAACGGAGAUCGAUCCCGCAUUGGAUGAAUACCAUUUGGAAGAUUAUGAUAAGAGCGGAUCGGGACAAUCACUGAGUAUAUUUGGGAACUCUGACAGUCUUUCGUAUUAUACAUCAAAUGAUGAAGAUCCGUAUAUAACGCUCGAUGAUGAGCCCAAUGAAGAUGAUGCAGACGUGCAAAUAUUACCAACAGACAAUCUUAUCAUAGCUGCGAGAACAGAAGAUGAUGUCUCCCAAUUAGAGAUUUAUGUAUAUGGAGAACAAGAAGACAGCUUAUAUGUACACCAUGACAUAUUAUUACCCUCAUUUCCCCUCUGUCUUGAAUGGUUAGACUUCCGAUUAGGACGGAAUGCGGAGAUGGAAGGCGGCGGGAAUUAUGUUGCUGUUGGAACGUUCGAGCCAGAGAUUGAGAUUUGGAAUCUAGACGUGAUUGAUCCUAUGUAUCCCGAUGCUAUCCUAGGAAAAAGUCAAGCAGAAAUGGGAAGUAGGAAGGGGAAAAAGAAAAAGCGUAAUAAGAAGCCCAAUCCAGAUUAUCAUGUCGACGCCAUCAUGUCUCUGUCAUGGAACAAGCUACAUAGAAAUAUUCUUGCAUCCUCUUCAGCAGACACAACAGUAAAACUUUGGGAUUUAUCAUCUCUAUCGGUAGCACACUCAUUUACGCAUCACAAAGACAAGGUCCAGUCAGUUCUCUGGCAUCCAAUUGAAUCAACUGUAUUUGUGACUGCAUCUUAUGACAAGACAGUCACUGUUCUUGAUAGCCGGGCUCCAGAUAACAUUACGCUUUGGAAUCUAGGAGCUGAUCCAGAAUGUGUCCAUUGGGACCCAUUUGCCCCAUACUGUUUUUAUGUUAGUAGUGAAGAUGGCUUGGUACAGUAUUUUGAUGUGAGAAAUGGAUCAGGCGGAGCAGUGUUUAGGCUUCAUGCACACGAUGCAGCGGUGUCUAGUAUGGAUGUGAAUCCGUCGAUUAAUGGAUGUUUUGUGACUGGGUCUACUGACAAGACAGUGAAAAUUUGGAAUAUAAACGAAGGAAAACCUGGUAUGGUUUUGUCCCGGAAUUUUGACCUGGGUAAAGUGUUUACAACGAAAUUCAGUCCCGAUUCGCCGUUUCAGCUGGCAAUGGCCGGAUCCAACGGCAAGGUGCACGUUUGGGAUAUAUCUUCAAAUGCAUAUGUAAGAGAGGCUUUCAGGGGACGAGGCUUAAUACCAAGCACCGAGUUUACGCUGAUCGAGAAAGAAGAACAAGACUGUUUACGAUAUAUUUACUAUUAUUAG